AUGUCUCUGAACUGCACUGCCUUCUCCCAUCCUCCCUGUUUCCUUCUCCUUGGCAUCCCUGGGCUGGAGAAGGAACGGUUCUGGAUUGCCUUCCUGUUCUGCAUCACGUAUGGCCUCGCCCUGCUGGGGAACAUCUCCCUGCUCCUGGCCAUGAGGGCAGAGCCCGCCCUGCAGGAGCCCAGGUACCUCCUCCUGGCCAUGCUGGCCUUCACUGACCUGCUCCUGUCAACCUCCACCAUGCCCAAAAUGCUUGGCAUCUUCUGGCUGGGCUUGGGGGAGGUUGGGUUUCCCUCUUGCCUCACUCAGAUGUUCUCCAUCCACACCUUCUCCACGGUGGAGUCGGGGGUGCUCGUGGCCAUGGCCUUGGAUGGCUCUGUUGCCAUUUGCUGCCUGCUCUGGCACUCUGGCACCCUCUGGGGGCCCGUGGGGGCCCUGGGCAGCAUGGGGUUGGUGUGGGGGGUCCUACUGGUGAGCCCCAUGUGCCCCCUCCUCCACAGGAGGCACUUCUGCCAGCACCACAUCACCCCCCACUCCUCCUGCCAGCACCAUAUCACCCCCCACUCCCACUGCCAGCACGUGGCCCGGAAGGUGGCCCGUGGGGACACCGGGGUCAGUGCCACACGUGGCCUCUGCGUGGCUUUCCUGGUGGCAGUGCUGGACCUGCUGCUGACCGUGUCCCACACCAUGAUUGGGGUGGUGACGAGGCUGCUGUCCCCAUGGAAAGCCUUCAGCACCUGCACAUCCCCUGUCUGUGCCAUGCUGGCCUUCUACAUCCCUGCCCUCCUCACUGCCCUCGCCCACUGUGCUGGGCAGGGCAUCCCCCCCCACAUCAGGGGGGCCAACCUGUACCUGCCCAUGCCCCCCACGCUGGACCCCACUGCUUGUGGGGUCAGGACCAAGGAGCUGGACAGCGUGGUCAUCCUCCUCCAGUGUGAGGGAACCUGA